GCUUGGCGGUGGCGGUUUUGUUUAAACUAAGCUUUCUCUGAUCGAAAUGGAUAUAACGUUGUGGGAAAUGACCGAAACGUACCUAGAAGCGGUACGCGAUGGCUCGUGCUCGACCACAGUGUUUGAUUUCACGUAGCCCGCGGGCGCGCAUCUUGAUUACUACUCUUUUCCUCCGAUGCCGGCGUAACGGAACUUGUGUGGACGACCGAUGGGUCCCAAGUAUGAGGCUCUACGGAGCGAUCUCACCGAAAUGGGCUACACGGAAGCCUUCAGCCUCGAGUCGGCGCCUCUUGUUGCUCGACUGUGGUCGGACCUGUGCAGCUAUCAGGAGCAGUGCGUGGAUGCGAACACGGCGCUGCGAAGGACGGUGCAGGAGAGUCAAGAGAAAGACGACUUGGCCGAGCGUUAUCGACAGGAGAACGCCAAAGCACUCGCCGAGGUGAAUCGACUGCACGCCUGCGUCGUGCAGUUGAAGGAAAAACACAACGAUAAAUUGAACGAUUUGGAAAAUAGGCUUCACGAAGCUGAGCAAUGUAAAAAGAAGUUUGAGUUUGUGAAAGCAGACUGCAUAAACAAGAUUAAACAUCUCGAGAAAGAACUGCAGCUGAAAUCCGACAAAAUCCUGCAGCUUCAAUCAGCACUGUCGACGCAAGCGGUUGUUCAUGUUACAGAUACUGCAAAAGUGCCUGCAUCCUAUCGAACUCAAGGUAUUGAACUAACCUCCUUGCUGCCAAGGCAGCAGGGAGUGGCUGGACGGAAAGCAGGACCCCCAGCAGCUACACGAGAUGCUCAAGAGAUUGACAUUAUUCGGAUGGCUGACACAAGAAUUCACCAGCUACAACAUGAGCGACGAGACCUCAAAGAAUCAUUAUAUCAGUCAAGAGUUUCUGUGGAUUUGCUGCAGCAACGAAUUGAAGCACGAAAUGCUGAAAUUGAACGUCUCACACGAACCCUGCGGGAGGGACUUCCACACACUGCAUUACAAGAUGGAUGCAGCUGUGGUCGAAAUUUGCAGCCUCAAGGAAAAGAAGAUGGAACAGCUGUCCCUACAGAACAGCACUCCAAUGAGCCAAAAAAGCCAGCCUCUGGCAAACAGCCGCUAAAGCAAGUUCGGAAGGUUAAUUUUGGCCACCUGCACCGGAAAACAGAUCCACGGGCAAGAGACCCCAAGCCAGCAAAAAGUAAACGUCCUACAAGUGUCCCUAGGCAAGCUGACCAGCAGUCAAAGGGUCUAACACUUGAGGAGCAGAUCCAGGCACUGGAGGAAGAAAAACAGAGGCUGAAGGAACGAGUGAAGCAGCUGGCUAGUAGUGAACGCCAGUUGCUCCUUGAGAUACAGGGCCUACUGGCCAACAAAGGACAGACGGCUGAUCCUGACAGCAGUGAAGAACUGCGGGCCUUAGAGAGGGAGCGAGACCACUACAAGGAUGAGUUAAUGAGGUUACAUCAGGUGCUCAAGAUGGGUAACACGAGACGUAAGCUUCCAUCAUCAAGCGGCAGUGAAAGUGGAAAGCAGGCCGAUCCAAAGAAUCUGGAAACAAGUAAUCCGUCUGCGGAAGAUGAGCAGUUGCUGAGUCGGUUGGGGUUGCUCCAGAGAGAAGUGGACAAGCUCACAGCCACUGUGGAGAACCUGUCCAAGCAGCGUGAUCAGUUGCUCGUGGAGAGGGACAGCCAUGCCCGCCAGCUUGCCAUUCUCGCUGAAAAACUUAAGGAAAAGGACAAAGAUACGCAGACUGCCCACUUCACAUGUCGAGCUACAGAGUCACACGUUGACAAGCUGCAAGAUGACCUAAACAGCAAGGACAGCGAUAUCGUGAAGCUCACAUGCCGAGUGAGAGAGUUGGAAGCCGAAGCUGCAUCCGCAGCCGAGUCCCAUUCCCGCCUUCUGCAAGAAAACCAGAGGCUUCAUGAAAACGUAACGCUUGUGGCAAAAGAGCACAAGAACAUGGCAGCUGACUUCGAGAAUGCCGUGCAACAGAGGAGAGACCUAGAACUUCAAAUCCAGGAGUAUGUGAUUAAAGUGGCCAAAAUAGAAGAGCUCCUGCGUACUAGGGACCAAGAGAGGGAAGAUCUCUUGGACCAGUACCGGUCUCUUAUCUCAGCCAACGCUGAUCUGCGGACUCAAGCCGAGCAAAGCCAGAGAGAACAUGACAGCAGUGAUGCCACACUCAAUAGCCUGCGUCAGCAGCUUGCCCGGCACAUGAGCGUGACAUCAGAGCAGGAGCGGAAGCUGGCCUCACUGGGAGCGACAGUGGCUGCCUUGGAAGAGUCGCUGCAGCACAGCGCUGCCGAGGGAAGUCGACUGAAGGAGGAACUGCAGAAGAGCUCGGACACACGUGCAAGACUUGCCGAGCAGGUGGAAUCGCUACAGGACCAGCUCGCCAAAGAACAAACUGUCAACAAUCAGAUCUCUGGGCACUUGAGGCGCCUCGAAGAUGAUCUUUCUCUGGCACGCACUGAAGCAGCCACGGCUCGUUCCGAUGCGACCAGCCUGGAGCGCCUGCUCGCCACAUCUCGGGAGCAGCGUUGCCAGACAGACAUUGCCCUUGAAAGGCUCUCUGCCGAGAUGGAAAAAAUGAAGCAGGACAUGCAAGCCGGAGUUGCAAGCAGGGCAGCUCAAAAUGAAGAAAACAAUUUCCUUAGAAGCAAGCUGUCAGAGUUUGAGCAUGCAGUCGAGCAACUUAAGCAACAAGUGAUCAACGAGCAAUAUGAAAGGGAGAAGUGCAAGGAAGAGUUGAACCGACUGCACCAACAAGCACGCAGUGGACUCAACGGCAAACUUACGCUGCAUGGCUUCACGGGCUCAUUCCAGACGAGGCUAAACUUCAGCCCAGAAAAUGGAACCAGGCCCCCGCAAUAGGCUAAGCGUCAUUGCAGCUUCGUCAUAGGCACAGUACUUCAUCCAGACAGCAUGCACUUGCAUGGCAUUGAAAGCAACCCUCUCAUUUGUACAGGAAAUCAUUUGAUACCAUAAGCAUCCUCUCAUAUUCAUUUUUUUAUCAAGACUUUCUUGAAGCGUGGCUGUGCAAGUGUUUUGCACUGUAAUAUAUCUUGCUACCCUUGCUCGCUGUGCUUUGGUUUUUAUUGACCGAAUAAAUUUAUCUUAUACCUUUA